AUGGAAGAAGAUUAUAAAUGCAAGUUCUGUAAUCAUGGUUUUUCAAAUGGUGAUCUGUUGGAAGUUCAUAUGAAAAAGCAUUUGGGGGCUUUGGUUUCAUGUUGUAAAAAACAGAGCAUUGUCGAAAACAAUCAAGAUUCUGUUAAUGGUGGAAUGGGUGUUGACUUUGUUAAUGAAAAGAUCAAGAAAAAUGAAGAAAUUUUAAAAUUUUAUGAAGAUUGUGUGGACAAUUCUUAUGGUUUGAAAGAAAACUCCAAGAAAACUCCAGUUUUGAAUCUGAAAUCGGUAUCGGAUGCAAGUUGUAAGCAAUUGCAUAUGAAAUCUCACUCAGUCAAGAAAAUGUGUGUAGAAUGCGGUAAGAGUUUUGAUACAUUUAAGGCUUUGUAUUGGCAUAUGAGAUGCCAUACCAUCAAGAAAUGUCAGCCGUGUGAAAAAUCGACAUCAUCAUCUUCUUCUUCAUUUUUGGAACAUUGUAAAUUGGAUAAGGAGUUAAAAAGGGACACAUCAAAUUCAGUAAGUAAAAAGAGAUCAGAGACAAUGUACAAGCCUGCUAAGCCAAAUGAUGCUUCAAGUAGUACUAGUAUGAGUGUUUUGCCAUCAAAUGAUGAGGAUUAUGAUAAUGAAGCUGUAGUAGGGGCAUUGGGCUUAAUGAUGCUCUCAAGGGGUUUUACCGAUUUGGAUUUGGUUCGGGCUAAAAGGCUAAGUUUUACUGACCAUGAACUCGUACUUUCUGCUGAUGGGUCAAUAUUGUUUACCAAGAAAGAGGGAUUUGGUGAAUCUGGGUCGGUUCAAGAUAAUACGGAUAUACUGAAAAACAAUGCAAAGUCAACUGGUGAAUAUGGCCGUGGCAAGGGUAAAGGAAAGGCUUGUGUUGAUCAAUUUAACAAUGAGAUGAGGAAAUCUAAGGGUCAUAUAUGCUCGGUUUGUUUCAAGGAAUUCAGGUCAGGACAAGCUUUAGGAGGACACAAAAGGGCUCAUAACAAUGUGAAUAAAAGUAAUGAGACUGCUGUUAACGAAGAAACUGGUGAUUCUUUUAAUAUUCGUGGACAUUUGGAUGGAUGAAGAUGAUUCUUUUGACAUGGGUUAGGAAUGAUAACAAGUGGAACUAGGUGGUGUUCUUACUCUAUAGCU